AUGUCCGAGCAGCUCGAAAAUGAACGUCGUCUCGUCGGCGGGGCCAGUUUCUUCGACCUCAUGAAAGAAAUGUGGACGAUAUCAGGAAACCGUAAUCGGGCUUUAAUAUCCAUCGGACUAAUGAUAUGUCAACAAAUGACCGGCACAAACGCCAUAAACUACUACGCGCCGACCAUCUUCCUCAAUCUGGGGGUAAAUUCCACAACUGCCGGACUCUUCGCAACAGGCAUCUACGGCAUUGUAAAAAUGGCCACCUGUGCGGUAUUCCUCCUCGUAGCGGCCGAUUCUCUCGGAAGGAGAAAAUCAUUAUUAUGGACGAGUAUUGCGCAGGGAUGCGCCAUGUUUGUGAUUGGUUUUUAUGUGAGGUUUGAUCCGCCGCUCAAGGGUGCCACUAUACCUCCCGUGGGAUAUUUCGCUCUGACGUGUAUUUAUCUAUUUGCGGGAUUUUUCCAGUUUGGAUGGGGACCGUGUUGUUGGAUUAUUGUGAGUGAAAUACCGGCUGCGAGACUGAGGGCUCUUAAUGUGGCGAUUGCGGCGGCAACGCAGUGGUUGUUUAAUUUUGUCGUUGCGAAGGCCGUGCCUACCAUGCUCGUAACAGUCGGACGCGCAGGCUACGGAACCUACUUCAUCUUCGGCUCUUUCUGCUUCAGCAUGUUUUUCUUCGUAUGGUUCCUAAUCCCCGAAACCAAAGGUCUCUCACUUGAAAAAAUGGACUCUCUAUUUGGAAUCACCGAAGUCGCGAAUAAAGAUAUAGAAUCUAAUAUUGGAUCUGUUCGAGGUACCCACGCUAUUGAUGAGAAAGCUGUUAUUGAUAUUCCUGAGAUUGCGGAUGAGAAUGCAGGGAAGAGAGAUGUGCAAAGGGGUGAAUGUGUUGAACUUUCUGGUGUACCGAGUUCACAGGUUCGAGGACCUGAGAUUUCGAGGGAUGAUGGUGGGGAGGAGAAGGAGAUUGAAUUGAGAGGCGGUCCCGGCGAUGCGAGGGCGUUGACACCUACGAGACAUUUUGUGGGGAAGGAGAAAGAGAAGGAUAAGAAUGAGACGGGGAGCGUGGGUGAUCAAAUGGGGUAUUAUUGUUAA